AUGUGUUGUGAGGCUGAUUGGAAGCGAGAGGUUGUGCCGGAUCACAAGUUUGACUUUAUCAACGUCCGUGAAUUCCACAAAUCCGACUUCUGGACCAGGUUCAAAUAUGUCCUCCGAUACGUCUUUCUCCUCAAGUCCUUCGCCGUCUACGGCUUGGACAUUUUUUCCGCUGUUACCAUGAUUUCAUCCUCCCACUGGACCAACGCGAUUACUUCCAAAUGUGACGACAGCGACGACUGUCCUGUUGAAGUGCAGUUCAGUAUUGCCAAAUGGGUCUUUGUUGGCUGUAUCAUCUUCUCUUUCCUCCUCCUCGGCUACGAGUCGUACAAGGCAAAGAAAGUCGUCGAUUCGAGAGACAUCUCUUACGCGUUUACCAACCUGUUGGCAAACGACUACUACUGUUUCAAAAACUAUGACAACUUUUGUCUCUUUUGCCAGAUCGAGUCUUCCACCAAAAAGAAAGAUGACUUUGCCUUUUUCGUCUUCUUCGCUUUCAAAAACUGGAAACGUCUCCUCCUCGCCGACGGCCCACGUCAAUCCAUCAACGGCAUCCUCCUCUACGCCUUCGCCUCCGCCAACGAUUUUCAAACAUCCGACAUCCCAGCUUACUGGGACGGAUCCGCAGUCACCGCCCUCCUCCUCUUCUCCAUGAUCUUUACCGUCCUCAUCUUUGCCGGUUCCCUCCUCAUGCUCCUCUUUGCCGCCGUCGCCUACGUGCCCCUGCUCUGCUAUAUAAAAGGCAACUUGAAAGAAUACGUGUGCCACAAGGUGGACAAGCGGAUUACAGAUUUGAUCAAGAAGAAGCAGAAACACAGGAUUGCGAGGGCGGCGGCUAGUGAAAAGUCGCGCGGCGGCGCUGGGGGCGGGAGUGCAAAGGAAGGUAUGGGCGGAUUGCCCCAGCCUACUUUACCUCAGGUAUCCCUAGACGACGAGGGUGACAACGCCUCCCGUGCCCGGUCCAAAGCCGAACGCCCAGGAUUCAAUGUCCCCAACGCAUUCGACUCUUCCGCCAAUGCGAGCUACGAUUCUUACGACGUCUAUGAGCCCAGUGGUGCAUACGCAGAAGAUUAUGGAUCGUCGGUCAGCCUAGCUGCCAAUGCUGCGCCUUUGGGUAUCUCGUACCCGCCCUCCGCCGUGGCUGGUGCCCCCUCUUUACAGCCGAAUUACUUGACUGGUGCGCUGCCGAAUCCGUACUCUCCAGCACAAGGCGCUUUCCCAGCUUCGAGGUCGAAUGGGAGUCUGAAAGACUACACGACGGGCGGGGGCCAACCCUCUGGCAGGGUAUCCCCCUACGCCCAAAGCGGCCCUCUCUCCCCUUCCCCUUACGGCCAGAACGGCCGCAUGUCCCCCUCUCCCUACGGCCAAAACGGGCGCAUGUCCCCUUCACCAUACGGCGCGCAGAACGGGCGUGUCUCGCCCAUGCCGUAUGGAGCGGAACAGGGGUAUAGUCAUGUGAAGCGCGAGUCGGCGGGGACUGGGGGUACGUAUGGGGGUUAUCAACAGGGUUAUCAGACCGCGCAGAAUCAACGGCAAGGGGGGCAGCAGGGGUAUUAUAAUGGAAGUGGGGGAGGAGGGAGCGCUGGCGCUGGGUAUGGGUAUGAUAAUAGACAACAGCAGCAGCAGUGGAGAUGA